AUGAACAUUGUUAAUAAAAAAUUGGCCAAUAUUCCCUGUUUUUUAAAAAGAUGGUUACAUAGUAAUAACAAGUUUACUACACGACAUGUAUCGAAUCGUAGGAAUAUUGAACCUUAUUUAAGUGAAAUGAAAAAAAAAGGAUAUUCUGUUAAUGUUUUAAGUCUAGUUAUAAGUAAUAAUAACCUAUGCUACUGCUUGUUAAAGAAUAAAAUUAUUAAAAAAAUUGGACUGAUUAACAUUAAGAAGGAUUUCCAUUCCAAUGAAAAACAGGGUCCUCCUGCGACCACCAGAAAAGGAAAAAACAAUUUCGAAAAGGAUGUAUUGAAAUACAGUUAUGACAGGGAAGCGAAUCCCUUAAACUUUAACAUACGAGAGAUUCUAACAAUUUUGAAUUUUAUAAAAUUGUAUUCUAAUAGCGAAAAGCAGGGUGUGUCUGAAAAAACUUCGAGGAAAAAAAACACCAGUGAAGAUUUCUCUACACAAGGAGAAGAAAAUGAUGAACACGAUAUGAAGCAUAAUGAACAAGCGAAACAAGAGGAUAAUCAUUUAAAUAAUAAAGACCAUGUAAAGGAGCCUGUACAACAUCUUUGGAAUAUUCCCUCAAAUGAAACAGAAGCAGGAAAAGAUGAAUGGAUCAUAGGUAUCGAAAAAGUAAAUGAUAAAUACGAGAAAAACAAAAUGAAGGAAAAAAUAUUAUCUGUGAUUGUGUAUUUUUUAAGUUCCAUUUUUGAGUGCAAAAUUUUAUUUUUUUGUCCAAAAGAAGCAAGGAAAUAUUUCAGUACUAAAUGUAAUUACAGUUUGAAUAGCCGAGAAGAAACAUAUAAAUACAUAAAAGAUAAAGUUAAAAAUUUCCCAAGUGUAAAUAAAAAUGAUAAUAAUAUAAACUGCUUAUUCAGCGAUAGUUAUGUCGUAGCUUUUUAUACAUACCGACAUUAUAUGCACGAACUUGUAAAGAAUAACCCAACGGUAUUUACAUACCUCGAGACUGAGGUUCGUAGAAAUAAAAGCUUUAACAAUAUAUUGCAGGCCCUGAAAAAAAUGGAAAAUGAGCAAUGCACGUUAGAUUUCAAAGAUUUACUCAAGGAUAGAAUUGCUCGAAUUGUAGAAAAAGAAUCCUACAAAUUGGUUGACAAAUAUUUACUCUAG